ACGAGGGAAGAUAGUAGUUGGAUGACUUGUGGUUGACGGAGGAGAGAUAGAAAGAGGAACAGUGUGACGAAAUAGAAAGCUUUGCUAGAACACCACUAUGUAGGAAGAAUCCCACAGCAAACAGCUACAAAAGAAGCCAGAAGAGGAACAGGAUGGAUGAAAACCCAGCUGUUCAUCAGGAAAUGGUCACAACGCCAGAGGAACAGCCUCGACCAAAUCCAGUGGGCUGCAACAAGUACCGCAGGCUCCUAUUGGUUGUUAUUUCUAUCGCUCUCUUCGCAGCUGUGUUAGGUUUGGGGGUCUAUUCCCACCUGCAAAAGACUGCAGACCCCUGGACAUCAAAAUGGAAAUCAGCUGCUCCUCCUUGCCUUUCUCCCGCCUGUCUUAGAGCAUCAGAGCAUUUUUCUGUCUCCAUGGAUCCCUUUUCUCGGCCCUGUGACUACUUCCUGUUUGCAUGUGGGACCGAGGGAUCUUCCACCAACAAGGGGAGACACAGAGUAAAGGGGCUCUCCAAUGAAGACAGUGGAGAACUGGACAAAAAAAGAGAAGUGAGGACAGGAGGACUUGUGAGGAUGAGAAAAGAGAGAGAUGUUCAAGAAAACAGCGAUGGACGGCUAGUCAAAUUUCCAGACAGAAAGACUGCUUUACUGAAAACUAUCAAGGAAAUAUUAGAGGCUCCCGAGGAGGGUGUUUCUACCAGUGCAGCAGAACAGAAAGCAAAGAAAUACUUCAAGACCUGCAUGGAUGCAGAAUCCCCAAAGAAAGAGGGUUCAAAACCCUUCCUCACAUUACUCCGGCAGUUAGGUGGCUGGGCAGUAUCAAAUGGAUGGAAUCAGACAGAUUUUAACACAACCCUCGGCCUGCUGAUGGGCCAGUACUCUACAUUUCCUUUCUUCAGUGUGUAUGUAGGAUCAGACCCUGGUGAAGAGGAAAUGGGUUCCAGUCAACACUACAUACAGAUUGAUGAGCCUCAUUUCCAAUUCCCUAUUGACUGGAAUAGCAAGACACAGAAAUCCAAAGCUAGUACUCAGUAUUUGCGUCCAUUCUACAUGUCAUGUGGUCAGUACUUGGAUCUCUUGGGUGUUCCCUCCAGUGAAACCACUCAGCACUGCGGUCUUUACAUGUCUCUGUCCACAACUCUGGCUCUGGCCACGGCCCCUCUCCGCUACCGCCUCAGUCAGAAUUUACUCUACUACAGAAUUACCAUCCAAGAUCUACAGACUCUGGCUCCAGCCAUUGAUUGGCUUGCCUGCCUACAAGCCACAUUUCAGCCUCUUCCUAUCAGCCAAUCAGAUCUUGUUUUAGUCCACAAUCUCCCGUACAUUACCCACAUGUCCGAGACAAUCAGUAAAUGGCAAGUCCAGCAUGAGGUGAUGGGCACCGGUCCACUUCAUACAUACAUGAUCUUUAGUCUUUUGCACACACUCAUUCCUGCACUGGACUCGAGGUUCUAUCAAACAUUGAGAAACUUUUCCAUUGCGACUGGAGAUACACAGGAGGAGAUACCACGUUGGUUGCGAUGUGUACAGCAGACGGAGAGAGGGUUUGACACCUUACUCAGUCAUGCAAUUAGAGAAAGGCAUGCACAGAAAGAGGCUGAGGAGUUGAUUGAUGAUGUUUAUUCAUCCCUCAAGAAGAAACUAACAGAAUUGAACUGGAGAGAUAACAGAUCGUCAGGUUUUAUUUUGAAUAAGACAAAAUCUCUUAAUCCAAGACUCUCCACUAAAACAAAUAACCUCAGUCAUACAGAACUCAACCAUCUUUAUGCAGAGGUGGUUUUGAGUGAGGAGGAUUUUUUCUCCAACUACCUGCAGAUGCUGCUGCUGGAACAGAAGAGCAGGAGCCGACUGCUCUCACACGGCACACAGACUGAUGGUUUGUCCAUCACUCCAUCCAUCUCUGGUAACGACAUCAUCAUCCCUGUUGGAAUGUUUGUGUCGCCCUUCUUCCAUUCCUCAUAUCCCAGGGCACUGAAUUAUGGCACAUUGGGAUCUCUAAUUGCGAAAGAUCUUCUCCACCUUCUGCUGCCUGAGAUCUACACACAGGCCAACAAUCCAGAGUCAGAGAGCAUGUGCAUUUGGUCUCAUUAUCUGAGUGUGACCAAGGGUCCAGGACGGGUCAGCACACCCUCUCUUUCCCCUUCUAAACAGCAGGAGGUUUGGGUGCAGUACUCUGCUCUACAAGUCGCACUGGAUGCUUAUAAGAUGAGUUUCAUGAGGUAUCCAGCAGACUCAUCUUUAUCAGGCCUCUCUUAUAUUCACCUGUUCCUCUCCUCCUUUACUAAGGUAACGUGUGACGCUGACUCCUACCAUGAGUUCAUGCCCUUUGAACCUUCCUUCCUGGUGACAGUCCUGUGUUCGAACUCAGGCUUCUGCCCCAAACCGCUGACCUGUGUGAAUAAAUCUCAGAGUUAUCCUCGUGAGAUGUGCCAGAGCCGAAUGCUGCAUUGAAUCUGGGAGGAACUAUUUUCCGCUGAGACCUUUUGGAGUUGGUUUGGGACUGUUGAACCAUUGGAGCUGCUCACUGUUUAGUAAAAAAGGAGGAGGUCAUUCCAGAGAUCAUAAAGCUUAUUAUAUUCACUUGUUAAGUAAUGGGUUUAGAAAUGUCACAUAUACGUAUUUUAAGUAAUACUAUCACAUUUGAGAAAUCAUGUACAGUAUGAUGAACAGUUAAAUCCUGCUUGGUGGAUAUGUUCUCUCUUACAGCACUUUGAAAAUUUACCAUGCUUUUACUAUAGUAUUGAAUUUGGAAGGAGGAGAUCUCAAGGGAGGAAAUACCACACAUUUAUUUACAAUAGCCAUAGCAGUAUUUUUUUUUCCUACUUUUUUUUACAAAGUUACACUGGUUUACAUGUGGUUCCUAUAAAUACCACAGUUAAACUGGUUACUAUACAAGAUUUAUGGUAAAUUUUACCAAGGAAGGAGAGCAUUUCACAGAGUAAAACUGAUUCCAGUUGUAAUUCAUUAAUGAUGGAUAAUUGUGAUUUUAAUUUCUCUAUUGUAAAUACAGUUUGAGGUCUGAAGUCUGAAUGUAUCAUAAAUGUCACUCUUAUUUUUGAAAUGUAUUAUAUUUGGAUGAAACAUAAAAAAGUAUUUUUUGCA